AAAAAAAAAAAAAAACUAUUGAAGCAAGAGCAAAAGGGUACACUCUACCACCAAAAAAAAAGAACGUCCAACCUCCUAUUAGAAGGCGUAACACUAAUUAUAUAGAUGUUAAAAGUAUCCAUGAUCAAAGUAAUACAGAUGAGAUGUCUGAUAAUGCGCAAGACUCUUUUGAAAGCGAUGAUAACAUUAAUGAUAAUAAUCACAUUGAACCUGAUGCUUUAACGACUGCAAGUAGUGCAUCAUCACAUACUAUUAUUAGUCAAAAAAAUACACCAACCCUCAUGAAAAAUAUGUCGAAAAGAAGCAAUUCGGCCCUUAUGCGACCAC